GCAACUUGGCUGAAAAAAAGGUUUUUUGCCUUGAGCCCUGUAAUUUGCCAUAUAAAAAACACAACCCAUUUGGUCUUCAAUAUGAGAUUUUUCAAGAUGGGCAAAGGCUAUUGUUUACUACUGGCUAAGAGUUGGCAUGUACAGUGAAGUUGUGGGUGAGUGAGAUAUCGUACUGUAUUGGUGAGAGAAUUGCAGAGAGGUGUAGUAAAUGCUGAUGGAAGGCUUUUUCACUAGUUUCAAUAAAUCCAGUGCCCUUUUCUGUUUGUAUGUGAAGGUGGUUAGGGCCUAGGGAGGGGAGUCCGACUUGGAAUGUCUGGCCAUGGUUUGUCAUGGCCUCCAUAGUACAGACUUUUUUUGACGUAUCUAGCAACUUUCUGAUCACUGUAAAUUUUUGUCUUUGACCUCCAGCUCACGUGCCAGUCACAAUCUUCUUUUUCACUUGAAAAAGGUCUUAAAAAUUCUCCGUAUCUUUUGCACAUUGAACUCAGAAGUGGAAGCUUGCAGCUAUUUAGGAGAGUAAUAUAGAUGUCGGCAGUGAUAGAUAUGGAUGGCUUUUUGGGUCUCUUCAGUGUGAUCAUGAGAUGAGAUGAGACGAGAUGAGGUGAUUGAAUAAUAGUGGGCAGGCAGAUAGAUCUUUCUGUUGGUUAUGGAAUGACUAUUAUUGUUUGUUGAAGUAGUUUUGGAUUGGAUCAUACAAGAUAGCAGGAUAGCAACAUGGUUGGUACUGUUGAAGCAACUCUAUAUGAUUCAAGCACUUGCAGUGUGAGUGUGGAUGGAGAAAAUUUGAACUCUGAUGUCUUGCACCCAAGUUUUUGUGAUGGAGAACAGAUGCCAGACAGAACCCAAAUGAGUUUUUCUUACAGAACUUUCUCUGAGAGCAGUGGAGAGAAUAAUACUAUUCAGAUGAGGGAAGCACAGACACCAUAUAGCUCAGAAGAUACUCAUACAAAUACCCACAUCAUGUCCGGGAAUGACCAUAACUUCUCAGGGAAUGGACAUAUGGACAACUUUGAAGGAAAAGCUGAGCCCUUUUUUCCAAAAUGGAGGCUGCCCAGCAAGAUCCGGAGAAAAUUUACAACAACCAAUAAGGAUAAUGAUUGCUCUAUGCAGGAAGCAUCAGAAACAGUAGAAAAUGUGAAUGGUGAUCAUGUUGUUCUUCACAGUCCAAAGAACAAUCUAAGGGUGUGUGUGGAUUGCAAUACUACAAAAACACCACUGUGGAGAGGUGGUCCUCAAGGCCCAAAGUCACUCUGCAAUGCUUGUGGAAUUCGUUAUAGGAAGAAAAGGAGGGCUUUGUUUGCAUCUCUCAAUCCAGAUGAUCCCCAAUCUGUUCCUCCUAAGAAAAGAAUCAAUCUUUUGCAUACAGGCAAGAAGCAGAAUAAUAAGUCUUCCAAGAGCAGCAGUGUGGGUGCAGGCUCAAAUCACCUCCCACUUCAAGUCAAUAAGUUUUUUGCCUUCUACCACAGACAUGGGUUUGAAAAGGGCAUGUGUGGAAAUACGUCAUCCAGUAUCCCAAACACAACCAGUCAUUCUGCAUUUAAGAGAAGAUUUGCACAAGAAGAGGAAGAGGCUGCAAAAUUGUUGAUGGCAAUCUCUUAUGGUCUAGUCUAUGCCUGAGUGCCCAGCUGCAUGGAAAUAAGAAAAAGAGGUCUUUUCAUCCAUAGACCUCCUCUGUAAGAUAGAGAUGAGGAUCCCAUAAGCUGUCUGAUCAAAUAGCAAGUAGGAUUGUAGAUCACCUUUUGGUUCUUCCCCCCUAACUGUAUAGACUAAGUAGCUAAUAAUUGGUUUUUGCAUUUCCAUGAGAAGGCAUUGUGGUGGAGCAUUCAUUCCUUUGACAAUUAGGUCUAGGAAUUAAAAUUUUCUCAUCAAUAAUCUUGUCUGCAUCAUCUCUGGGCCGCCUCCAUAACUUGUACCUCUUCAAUGAAUAUCAAUAUGCACGUGUCUAUGAAGACAUUUUUACCAUUUA